UGUCUGCAAGCAAAAUGUGCCUCUCUUUUUAUUUAAAUUUCUUUUUUCAACUAUUACUGAUAGAAACAUGUGUUUUUUUUGUGAUUCUUGAUAGGAUCCGAAUCAGUUUAAGUUAUAUUGCAUUUGCUUUCUGUGGACUGUUAGAUUGAAACAAACAAGUCUUUCAUACUAGAUUGAAUCUGAUUUCCUUGAUCUUAUUCUGGAUCUUUGAAAUCCCAGUUUCAUUUUGAGAACUUGAUGUCCCUUCUCUGAUCCACUAAAUAUCAGCUUCUUUUCUUUCCCAUGAUUUGCUUUUAUGGGAGGUUUGAUGAUUAGCCUUUAUUUGAGAACACUCUUUGGUUCUUAACUGAGACAGAACAAAUUAAUAGUAUCAAUUUUAAAUGGUAUUGCAGUACCAGUUCGAGGCUUUGAGCAUUGAGCAUGGGUUCAGGAGUUUGGUUUAAGAAUAUAAUCAGCAAAAAGAAAGUGAAGGGUGGGAAAUCAGGGAAAGUCAAGAGAUAUUCAUCCCUUGAACACAUAGAUGGCUGCAAAGAGGAUCUCUGCUCUAUCAAAGGGUGUAUAGCAGUAGCCAAUGUUGCUUGUCUCGACAAUCAGGGCAGUGUUGGUCUCUCCAGAGAAUAUGGUGCUGCUAGAAAGAUUCAGACUGCGUACCGUGCACAUGCUGCACGGAAAAGUCUUCGUCGAAUGAGAGGAACUGUAAGGUUACAGAAGCUGGUGCAGUGUGAUUCUAUUAAGAAUCAAGCCUCGGCUACAUUGAGUCACCUGCACUCAUGGACCAAAACUCAGGCCCAGAUUAGAGCACGUCGUGCUAAUAUGGUUAUGGAAGGCCGGCUUAAGCAGAAGAAACUGGAGAAUCAGUUGAAGCUAGAAGCAAAGCUUCAUGACUUUGAGGUGGAGUGGAAUGGUGGUUCUGAAACAGUGAGUGAAGCUCUUGCAAAAAUACAUCAUAGAGAAGAGGCAGCAGUGAAAAGGGAGCGAGCUCUGGCAUAUGCAUUUACUCAUCAGUGGAGGGCCAACACAAUCCCAAGUUUCGGACCAGGCAAUAAAGAACUCAGUAAAGAAAACUGGGGCUGGAGCUGGAUGGAUCGUUGGAUAGCUGCUCGUCCUUGGGAAAGCCGAGUUGAAGCGCUUAAUAGCCCCCAAAAAACACAGCUGACCACCCGACUCCCAAAACUGAUCUCUCCUAACGGAAAGGCAGUUAAAAAGACCAUUUCCCCUACAACCAAGGCGCCAGGAAAGGCCAAAUUGAUCUCUCCUAAUGGGAAGGCUGCCAGAAAUGGACGCAAACUGUCUUACGAUGCAGCUGCUGUUAAAAAAGUGAGCGUGAAGAGUGAAGAGAAGGAAAAGAAGAAUGAAAAGGAAAGCUCUUAACUCCAGUUGCUUCAUUCUGAAGUGUUGUAGGAGAAGUUAGCAAAUGCAUAUGAUUUCAGAUGAACGAGAAAAUCGAGUUGUGUUUACGGUUUGACUAGCUAAGUGUGGGUUGUGCAUUUGCAACUGAGUUUGUCAAAAGGAAAAAAACUAAAGCAGAAAGAGGAUUUGAUCUGAGGUCGGCCUGCAAGAAAUUCUCUCUCUACUGUCUUACAUUACAGUGUUUUUUUAAGUUAUCGUCAUAUAUAUUAAUAUUGUAAUUAAUCGUUGAUUCAGUAGUUUGUAUUUGGAAGCGUAUAUAUUUAUGUUGGUCUUGUACUUGGAAAACGAUGAAAGGAUUUUGUGGUGAGAUGGUUUCGUCUGUAAA